UACUACUUUUAAGGUAGUUUGCCGAAUUGAAGUGAGCAUUAAUUCAUCAACUUCACAUUUUCCCUUGGCCACGUCUUCAAGUCCAACUCCAAAACAGUAACAAGCUCAGAGGAAAGAAAUGGAAUUGGAGAAAGUACUUCACAUGAACAAAGGAGCAGGCGAGACUAGCUAUGCCAUGAACUCUGGCGUUCAGAACAAGAUUAUCUCUGUGGGGAAGGAAGCAACAACUAAAGCUAUUGUGAAAACUCUAUGCUCAAGUUGGCCAGUGAGCAUGGGCAUUGCGGACUUGGGUUGCUCCUCUGGACCCAAUGUCUUAACGGUCGUUUCUGAGAUACUUGAUGCUGUGUACGCCACCUCGCGCAUGUUAGAUCGCCCUGCGCCGGAAUUGAUAGUGUAUUUGAACGACCUUUUCAUGAAUGACUUCAACAACAUCUUUCGUUCAUUGCCAUCUUUCUACAGAAAACAAAGGCAAGAAAAGGGAACUGGGUUUGGUUCUUGUUUCAUUUCCGCUGUUCCUGGCUCUUUCUACGGUAGGUUGUUCCCAAGCAAGAGCCUCCACUUUGUGCACUCUUCUUCAAGCCUCCAUUGGCUUUCUCAGGUUCCUACUGGAUUGGAGGAUGAUAAAUGGGGAAGAGUAUUGAACAAGGGAAAGAUAUACAUAUCAAAGAGCAGUCCACAGUGCGUGGUAGAUGCUUAUUCGCGUCAAUUCCAGAAUGACUUUUCACUGUUCCUGGAUUCACGCUCGCAAGAAAUGGUAGCCGGAGGAAGAAUGAUGUUGUCUCUUAUGGGUAGGGAAUCCAUGGACCCAACAGCCCCCAAUAGUUGCUAUCAGUGGGAACUUUUAGCUAAUGCCCUCAUGAGUAUGGUUUCGGAGGGUCUAGUUGAAGAGGAAAAGGUGGAUUCUUUUGACGCUCCUUACUAUGCUCCUUGCUUAGAGGAAUUGAAAUUGGAGGUUCAAAAGGAAGGGUCAUUUGCGGUGGAUGGCCAUGAAGGUUAUGAAGUUGAUUGGGAUGGUGCAAUGGAAUUGCAGAGUGGUUCAGUAGGGAUGCUAUCACGUGGAGAGCGAGUGGCAAGGACCAUAAGGGCUGUGGUUGAGUCCAUGCUGGAAUCUCAUUUUGGGAAUCAUAUAAUGGAUGAACUUUUUCGAAGGUACGCCAAACUUGUGGAGGAUCACUUAUCCAAGACUAGGACCAAAUACAUCAAUUUGGUCAUUUCUCUCGUCAAACGAGGCUGAAAAUUCAAGCAACAAAACAACCUUCAUUUACCUCAAAGAUAGAUACAUAGUUGGACAUUUGUUGACAAUGGGACUGAUUCCACUUGUACUAUUAAUUUCUAGGUCCCUUUUUCUAGAUAUGCUACGUACGUCUAUAGAUAUAUAUGUCUAUUCAUGCAUGUCAUGCCAAUAUUUGACAACAACAACAGAAAUGGCACGGUCCAGUCCUCCAUUAUUAGUUGGCUUU